AUGUCCUUUCUGCUGAAGAACAUGCUUAGCCAGAAAAUGAAAAAUCUGAGCGGAGGCGGUGGGGAGGAGGAGAAGACGGAGACAGGCGACGGGACUCCGACCCCGGCCAGCACGGGAAUGACCAGGGAGGAGUUUGAGGAAUAUCAGCGGCAGCUGGUGGAGGAGAAAAUGGAACGAGACAAUUCGUUCGCACAGAAGAAAGCGGAGAGAGCGACGCUCAGGGUGCACAUGAGGGAAAAGUACCGGCUGCCGCAGAGUGAAAAGGACGAAAAUCACAUUCAGAUGGUGGGAGGUGACGUGGACCUGCCCGAGGACUUGGCGAAGAUGGUGGAGGCGGACGAAGAGGAGGAGGAAGCCAACGAUUCCUUUCUGGGGUCGAUUCAAAACAUGGACUUCGAUAUGUUCAAAAACAAAGCUCAAGAUACUUUCAUUGAAAUAAAGCAAUCAGCCGAGGAGAAGUGCUCCGUCAUGUAA